CAAAUAAAAUCGUUUCAAUGGAAAAACUUUAAUCCGACAUUUCAUUUCGUGACAGAAGAAGUAAUACUUUCUUAAGGUAUCAUAUUUCGUGAGUUGGUUCAGUUGGUCAUAAAAUUUAGAAAUUUUUCAUAUCGGUACUCGUUAUUAAUCAACAUGGUUAACAUACCUAGUGCAUUGGUCUUGGUUUUUUCGAUGUGUACAGUGUUUACUGUAGGCACUGCAGCACCACCACAGGUUGACGAAGCUACAGCACGCAUGGUUCAAACCUUAAGCCAAGAAUGUAAAUCUGAGCUAAAGAUUAGCAUUCAGGAUAUGAGAAUACUUCACGAGUUGAGCAAAAUGCCUACAAACGAAGCACAGUCGUGCCUUUUGGAUUGUUUUUCGAAUAAAUUAAGCUUGAUUAAAGAUGGAAAACUAGAUCACGAAACAUUUAUGAGAUUGAACAAACUUAUACUACACAAUGGAACUCAACAGAAAUCAGAUGAUGAAAUAGAGAAGUUUUUCCAAAACUGUCUUCAAGAAGUUGAAAAAAGAUCCAAAGACAAGUGUGGAGGUGGCGUCGCAUUGAGAGCUUGUUCGAUUGGAUUUUUCGCAUAAAUCGCCAUAAGAAACCGAUCUCGAUCUACAAAUUGCUAUUUUCACUUUUUUUUUGUUGGGAAUUAAAGGAGACGAGUUUAAAAUGCAGGAUUAUGUACGUAAUUUAAAUUUAAAUUUUUGACUAGGAUAAAAUUUUGAACAAUUAUUACUAAAAUAGAUACCUGGGCUGAAUUGCCAUUAGGAGGGUUAUGUUAUGUAUUAUUUACAUUAUCUUAUAUGUAGUAUCGACACAACAUAUUUUUAUAAAAAUUCGAACACAAAAACUGUAAAAUAUAAGUACCUAUAGGUA